UACCAAAUAUUGGCAAUGCCGAAUGUUGGCAUCAAACCAAUUAUGCACGUAGUCACCCGACCCGCGCGUUCCGCCGCCUGCAGCACAAAAGCCAGGAGGAGAGGAGAGGAUAUCCCGAAAUCCUGGAACGGGCCGGGACGAUUAUUCCAAGCACAAAAGACCAAAGCAAACGCAAGCUCCAGCUUUGAAUCUUUGAUCGGAAUAUUGCACAGUCCACUCCACCCAGCCCCUACCUUGAUCACUGUGACCAUGGAGAUGUUCCUGCCUGCAAUCCUGAGCGACCUGCUCGGCAGGUCCGUGUCGUUCGUGGUCCAGAGGUACCUGCAGCAGGGCAGCGCGGAGGACAGCGUCCAGCAGCUGCGCCUCGCGCUGCUGCGCGUCGGCGUCACCGUCGAGGAGGCCGAGGGCCGGCGCAUCACCAACCAGGCCAUGCUCCGGCAGCUCGACGUGCUCAGAGAGGCCAUGUACGGCGGCCACUACAUGCUCGACGCCCUCACGUGCGGCCGCGGCCACGCCGCCGACGACGACGCGCCGGCGCCGGCCCCGUGCCGCCUCUCGUCCGUGCUGUCCAGGCUCAACCCCGCCAAGCGCCUCUGCUUCGGUGCCGCGGACAGCGCCGUGGAGGUGCGGCGCGUGGUCGACAGGCUCGGCUGCAUGAUCGCCGACAUGAAGGAGUUCGUCGUCUUCCUCAAGGGCUAUCCCCGCGUCUGCCGCCAGCCCUACAGCGCGCACCUGCUCCUCGAGAGGUUCAUGUUCGGCCGGCAGAAGGAAAUGGAGCAGAUCAUCGGCUUUCUGCUGCGAGACGGAGAAGCGGAGGGUGGAGCCGGCGUGCUCCCCGUCGUCGGUCCGGCCAGGGUCGGGAAGAGCACUCUCGUCGAGCAUGUCUGCCAUGACGACAGGGUGCGCAGCCACUUCUCUUCGAUCCUCCUCAUGAGCGGCGACGACCUCGAGGACGACGACAAGCUGAGCGAUCCAGGAGACCACGGCCUGAUCAAGCACCACGGCCGUGCCUCGCACCCGCAUAAUAAAGCCUCGCUCGUGAUCGUCGAGCUGGCAGAAGACGAGGUUCCAGACGAGGGGAGGUGGAGGAGGCUCCGCUCCUCGGCAUUCUGCAAGGGGGGCGGAAGCAGGAUCAUAGUGACGAGCAGGUCGGAGGCGGCCCAGAGGCUGGGCACAGAGCGCGCGCUCCGGCUCAAGGUGCUCAGCCCAGAGGCCUACUGGCACUACUUCAAGACGCUGGCCUUCGGCGGCGCGAACCCGGAGGACCACCCGGGGCUGGUGGCCAUCGCCAUGGACAUAUGCGCGGAGGAGAAGGGGUCGUUCAUCGGCGGCAACAUCGCGUGCAGCCUGCUGAGGGCCAACCUGGACGCCCGGUCCUGGCGCGGCGUCCUCCGGAACAUGAGGGAGUACACGGAGAAGCACCGGCACCUGUUCGGCAAGCACCCGCACGACCUCCUGCGGAAGAACCGGCACGUCUACCUGUGGAGGCUGGCCCGGACGUCCAAGGUGUUCGUCUCCUACGGCUGCUACCAGGCAUGUCCGGCGCAGGAGGACGUCCCCAGGAUGACGCUGCAGGAGGUUCUGUCCGGGCGGCCGGCGCCCAGCGGGAGGUUCGAGGCCCUGGCGUGGAGGUCCCAGAUACCCCCUUGCUACAGCUACCUCAUGAGCUGCUCCGUGCAGACGCCCGUCGUACCUCAUGCGCUGGCCAGGAAGAAGAGCUCCCGGCUGGUCUGAUCCUGUUGACCUUGUGAUUGUCAGUCCAUGCAUGAUGUAAAUUCAUCUUUUGCUCGGAAGGCUUCAAACUUGUACACGUGUAUUGCCAGUCCA